GUUUUGUUUCGUCUCGUUCCGCUUGGCUUUCUUCCCUCGCCCGCGCCGUCAAACACCCACGCUCCCCCGCUCGCGCCAACACGUGUAGGAGAGAGGUAGAGAGGAAGAGUCUAGAAAAAUCCCGCGGAGAGCCACAGAGCGUAGCUAGCCAGCCUCGUCGGUCUCCAUGGGGGCGGGGAAGGAGGCUCCCGGCGCCGUCGAGGGCGCCGCCGAGCCGCCGCCGCCGGUCGUGCUCAAGAUGGUCUUGCAUUGCGCCGGCUGCGCCAAGAAGGUCCGCAACAGCAUCAAGAGCAUGCCCGGUGUGCAGUCGGUGGUGGCCGACGCGGCGGCGAACAGGGUCGUCGUGGCGGGGACGGCCGACGCGGCCGCGCUCAAGGCGCGGAUCGAGUCCCGGACCAAGAAGCCCGUCGAGAUCGUCUCCUCCGGCGCCGGCCCCGGCCCGGCCAAGCCCGCAGCAGCCCCCGCCGCGGCCGAGAAGAAGAGCCCCGACAAGGAGGGCGACAAGAAGGAUCCCGACAAGGGGGGCGGCGGAGCCGACAAGGGGGAUAAGGCCGGCGCCUCCAAGCCGCAGCCGCCCAAAGAGGAAGACGCGGCGAAGAAGCAACCGCCCACCCCCACCGAGGAGAAGAAGCCCACGGAGCUCCAGGAGACCACGGUGCUGCUCAAGAUCCGCCUCCACUGCGACGGCUGCGCCGACCGCAUCAGACGCCGGAUAUACAAAAUAAAAGGGGUCAAGCAUGUGGAGCUGGAGGGCAAUGCCAAGGACGAGGUCAAGGUCACGGGCACCAUGGACGUCCCCGCCAUGGUGGCGUACCUGACCGAGAAGCUCAACCGCGCCGUCGAGGCCGUCGCGCCCGGCAAGAAGGACAAGGGCGCCGGCGACGAGAAGAAGGACAACAAGGGCGCCGGCGACGCCGAGAAGAAGACAGACAAAGAGGCGGGCGGCGACCACGUCGUCAUGAGCCAGGACAAGGGGAAAGGCAUCGAGGUGGCGGGCCCGUCCAGGGCGUCCGCCGCGGCCUCCGUGGCGCCCGCGCCGGUCCAGGCGAGGACGCCCCACGUCUCGCCGUACGGCCAGGUGCCGUACCCGCAGCCGCAGGGGCCCCCGCCCAGCUACUACAGCCCCUACGGCGGCAAUGCCGACGGCGCGGGGUACGCCGGCGCCGGCAGCGGCGGCUACUACCAGCAGGAGCACCCCAACCACCAGGCGUACCAGCCGUACCCGCCGCCCUACCACUUCGACACGGCGCCGCCCUCGCAGAUGUUCAGCGACGAGAACCCCAACUCCUGCUCCGUCAUGUGACGCGACCCGCCGCCCGAAAACUCAUUCAUCAGCGCCGACGACCUGCGCUCGCCGGCCGGCCGGCCGGCCGGCAGAAGAGCAAUGCUGACAUACUAGCAGACAGCGACGAGAGGCUCCACUAGCUUAGCUUAGCCCUAGUUUUUACUCGGACCGGAGGCAUCCAUCCUCCAUGAACCGAUGCGUGCCUCCGAUCAAAUUUUGGUUCCCCUGCCUUCCAUCGCGCGUCCGAUGGUCGAUCUUGUUCCUGCCACGAGCUCCAUUGCUUAAUUAAUUUGAUUUUAACCCCCA